AUGGGCGACGUGGGGGAAGGAGCGGCGCGCGGACUCCUCCGCCGACCGCCGCCCACGAGGCCCACGAGGCAGAGGAACAGCGGCGGGCGAUGGCACCGCAUCGGCCUCGUCGGAGGUGAGCGCGGCGGCCCCACCCUCCUCGACCGCGCGGCGCGCGAAGAGGGCCCCCGCCGCGGCGUCGAAGUCGGGCGUGGAGACAGCGAGGUGGGCGGCGGCGACGGCGGCGGCAGCAGCGGCGAGGGUGGGGAUGGGAACGGUGGCGGCUGGCGGCUGGCGAGGAAGGAGCGCGGCAAAGAGGAGGGCAGAUGUGGUGGCGGUGGCGUCACCGAUUCGGCGGGGAAGAGGGACGGCGCGGCCGACGGGGAAGGAGAGGCGGAGAGGAGAAGGAGCAGCGAAGAGGGUCGGCGCGGCCGACGGGGAAUGAGCGGCGGGGAAGAGGAGGGCAGCGGCAGGGAAAAGGCAGUGUCGGCGGGCGUUCGCGGUGGCGGAGAGGCAGCGGCCGCAGCAGCAACAGGCGAGCGCGGCUACGGAUGGGGAGCGGCGGCGCCGACGACUCCGCGCCGCUUGGCCUCAUCGUCGGCGGCGGCUUCGAGUGGGGGCACCACGCCACCGGCUUCUUGUCGCUCGUCCGUGACGGGGGCGCCGCGCCGCCGGCUUCUCGUCAGUUGUCCGCUGGGCCGCGGCCGGAACGGAGUGGCGAGCGUCGACGACGACGAGGCCUACGAACUGGUGAGCGGCGCGGACCUCUUCAUCGGUGGCGACAUCGACGACGAGGGCGAGGGCGUCCGUGCAUACCUCCUCCGCCUCCCCCGCCGGCCGCAGCCGCGCGCCACCAUCGCCGACGCCCGACGGCAGCGACUUGAUGGCGGCGUCGUCGAGUCAAUCUCCGCAUGA